CGCGACAGGAAGGCGGAGCCGCGGCUUCCGGGACCUCCUCCUCCGCUCCCGGCAGUUGCCUUGUGGGACUGGAGGCGGUUGAGCUAUUUUGCGGGUGAUGGCCGCGGCUGUCGCUAUGGAGACAGAUGAUGCUGGAAAUCGACUUCGGUUUCAGUUGGAGUUGGAAUUUGUGCAGUGUUUAGCUAACCCUAAUUAUCUUAAUUUUCUUGCCCAAAGAGGUUACUUCAAAGACAAAGCCUUUGUUAAUUAUCUUAAGUACUUGCUUUACUGGAAAGAACCAGAAUAUGCCAAGUAUCUAAAGUACCCUCAGUGUUUACACAUGUUAGAACUGCUCCAGUACGAACACUUCCGCAAGGAGCUGGUGAAUGCUCAGUGUGCGAAAUUUAUCGAUGAGCAGCAAAUCCUGCACUGGCAGCACUAUUCCCGGAAGCGGAUGCGCCUUCAGCAAGCCCUGGCAGAGCAGCAGCAGCAAAAUAACACCUCAGGAAAGUGAAACACUGGAUCCAGACCGACUCCUAGGACUGUAUAUGUUGCUUCUGUAUAGUGAAGACCAAAAAAAAAAAAAAAAAGACUCAUCUUACCUACUUUCUUGUGCUAGCACUUAGUACCUUUACUGUGCUAUUUAAUCCAGGUUAACUUUUUAUUGUCAGUAGAUUAUUUCUGUUAAGCCAAAACUGUUCUUUGAUUUUC